GCCCAUUGUCGUAUAAUUCCCAUCUUUCCCCUCUGCUCACAGAUACGAUCGUUCCUCGGCCCCUCACGAAACUCUAUCCGCCUUCCCACCUGAUACACGUCUCCUUUGCCAAAAACAACAAAACAUCACCACCCCCCUUUCACCUCUCAAGCCUCCCAAAUGUCGCCUCGACGCUUGUACCACUUGGAGCCUCCACACGAGCACGGCUCCAACAUCCCAAGGUCGCCCUCUUGUUCGAGCUCCGAGGCCUCCAUAUUUAGCCGUCCCAGCUCGCCCGAGUCCGACUCCAACGAUGACGACACACCAACUGAGCUGCUCGAGUUUCUCCGUGCAUCAAAAUCAACCAGGCCGAGCCUCAGCUUAGACGUGUCACCCGAGACCCUCAACUGCGCCCUCGUAGACCUGAACAUCGAUGCGCUACGCCGCAGCGGCGGCCCACCCUCACAACCUCUGAAAGGAGGCAGGCAACAAGACGCACAGAGGCAUUACCCCACGAGAGAACCCCCAAACCCACGGACCGCCCUCCCGCUGGCCAUGACGGGCUCCCCGGGGCCGCGGAACGAGGCCUUUGAGAACUACCUCUCGGGGCUCCGGCAGCUGGGGUCCAGGGAGUCAGAGGUGUACCUGCUCGACCAGUCCACCAUCAUCAAGAUGGGAGACGAGAUGCUGCUGCACGAGGCAAGCGUGCUCCAGUUCGUGGCCGAGAACACUUCGGUCCCCGUCCCGCGCGUCCUGGGCUUCGGCAGGGUUCCGGGUACGUGCGACCAGGCCUACAUGUUCAUGGACCGCAUCGCAGGCGACGCGCUCUCGGACGUCUGGGACGAGCUCGACGCCGCGGCCCGCUCUGACAUCGCUUGGCAGCUUCGCGACAUGUACAGGGAUCUGCGCGCCCACAAGCACAACUCGGUCUGCGGCAUCCUCGUCCGCGAGGAAGCGAGGCAGGCUGUUGAUGCUGCCACCGGUACCUCCGACGUCCAAGACAACGGCGCCCCCGCCGUCGCCGCACGUACCAGGACCGUCUACGACCAAGCCGGCUGCACCGAUAACUUCUUUGGGUAUCCCGUCGGGCCCUUCGACUCGGAGCCCGACUUUGUCAACGAGCUGGCCCACGUGAUGAUGUGCAGGGGAGGGCCCGAGUGCCUCGACGUCGUGCCUAUGCUGGAGGACCUGGCCGCGUCGAGGCGGCCGCACCCGAAAAACACCUACCUGACGCACGGCCAGCUGAACCCCAAGAACAUACUGAUAAGGGACGGAAGGGUCGUUGGCCUCCUGGACUGGAGCGAGUCGGGGUUCUACCCGGAGUGGUGGGAUCCUUUGUGGGCAGUGGCGCCGUGUCGUAUAUUCUAG